AUGGAGCUGCAGCGGCGAGUAUUGCUUCUGACGUGGACUUUCUUUCUGACCUUCGACGUUGUCAUCAACGCUGAAGCAUCCAUAUAUAGCGAAGAAAGAUCUUCAGAGAACGAGAAUGAGAAGGUUAAAGAGUUGUUGAAGACUCUCAACGACAAAGAUACUUUUCGGAAAGACCGCAGAUCUUCCAAUGUAACUUGGCUGGUUGGAAAACCGACCACAUGUUUGCGGAUGCUGUGGAAGACAGAGGCGAACCUGUUUACCGCCAGCAUCUUUUUGACCUACAGAGAUGAAGAGAAUAGAACGGCAAUCCAUUUACUAUCCGUGAAAAGUGAAUGCGAAGACACCUUAGAGUUUACGUUCCCUAAUGUGACUUCAAAAGAGUUCAAGGACAGGAAGGUGAAAUAUAAGGUUCUGAGCACGAAUUCUUCUUGUAGCAUUUUAGAGAAACCAAAAGACAGAUUAGGAAAGUGUGCGUACUGGGUCCUGAAAACAGGUGAAAAUGGCAGGGUUGCAAACUGGUGCAAACCGCCCAAGAGUCGUGGGUGCGAUGUAGAGAUACACACCCUCCAAGAACCUCGGAUAUGCAAGCGAAAGCCCAAAACGAUUCCAGCUGGGGUGUCUACACUUAAGGGGCAACGCCACCGUGCGUGA